AUGGAGGAUAGCUUUUUUGAUCAUAUCGAAAUUGUAAAUCCAAUCAUCAAUAUUCAAAAUUAAAAUGCUGAAUGUGUUCGAAGAUGUUUAAAUUAACAAUUUCAAUCUUGUGUUAUGAAUUUGCAGCAAAAUAUUUCAUCUAUUAGAAAAUAAGAAUCGUUUCAUGCUAAAAAUUAUUUCCUCUAAAGUUUAUCUAACAAAUCUAAGAUUAAUUCAAAAUUGACUAAAUCAAGUAAUAUUUAUCUAAAAUUAGAGUCCUUUAUCAAUGCAUUGAAAAUUCUGAAAAAAAAUAAUGAUUCUUAUCAGUCUAAUUUAAGAUAAAAAACACUCACUUCCUAUUAAACAUCAGAUUUAGUAUAAUUACUCAGAUGUAAGAGUAGUAAUAAGAACUCUGGCAAUUGUCAAACCCAAAUCUAUAAUAAAUAACAGAUUUAAGCAAAAUAAUUAUAAUAAAUAAAACAAUAAUUAAAUGAAUUUAAUAUUCGAAAAAGUAAUUCAGCAUACAUUCAAACUAUGUUUAAAUGA